UGUAUGUCUGGUAAACGUCAGUGAUUGUCAGUGAUGUCAGUGCGCGUACAACGAGUUGCAACGAGUACACGUUUGUUUAUUGCAGUUCGUUGACAUACACGGUUCAUCACCUUAUCUACUAAUAAUAAUAAUUACAACACUAAUACAAUAUAACAAUUGUAUUAAAAAAUAUCAUCCAACAAACAACGGGACAAUGAUUGAAACAAAAAAAAUAAAACUCAAGAAAAUAUAAAAAAAAAAUUAAAACAAAAAAAAAAACCGUUGGCGAAUGUUCAAGCAGUUUAUCGUGUUUCUGGUGGGAAAAUCGAGGUUUAUGCCAUCAUAAUAUUAUACACUUUUAAAUACACUAAUAAACAUAGUUAAUUUAAUGAAAAAAAAAAUAACAACAAAACAACGACAGUGUCUGAGAAGAUACAUAUCAAAAUAAAAAGCAUUUGUCAAUUUUAUAAAAAAUGGAAAUAUCAUUUUAAAUUAAUAAAUUUUAAUAACAAAUUAUGAAAAAGAAUAAGUAGAGAGUAAAUUUAUGUUUUUUUUUUUUAGCUUUUAUAUUUUUAUUUUAUUGUAACUCCCCACCUGGAGACUUGGAGAGUGAACCAGACUACGUAGAAAUAAAAAAAAAAAACACUGUUGCUUUGAUACUAGGAUGUGAGAGUGAUGCAUGAAGAAAAACGACAAAGUGAAAUAUAUAUUUUUUAUGGUUGUUAAUAAAGGAUAGUUUUUAUAAAUAAUAAUAUACUGUGAGUUAUUCAAUAGUGUGUUAACAAUAUAGAAAAAAAAAAAAGAGAGACAAGACGAGGACGCUGCGUCGUUGAGAACAAAAAGAAUAACCGGGCCACGUGGACGCGUUGGAAGAUCCCGGAAAAAUAUGUGCAAGCAUGUCGGAGAGCGGGAUGCAAGUAGUGUGCGAGGAAAUAGAGAAGAAAGGCUCGCUUUAUGUAUUCCCCGGACCAGCACCAAUAUCAAUAUCACCACGUGUACCACCACUAAAUCAAUCAAGUCCAAUAGCCACAACAAUAACAACAUCAGGAUUAUCAUGGUACAAAGGAGGCCUAGGGGAAGUCGUAGGGGUAGACGAAGAGGAUACAGAAUUUGGAAAACGUCGAAAACGACCACAAAGUGUAAAAGGACACAAGAGAUCAGUGAGCCAUGGUGGUGUACUAGCAACAUCAUCAACCGGUUGGCAAACAACACUUGGAUCACAAACAAAUUCUUCAACGACAGGAGUACCAAUAUCGACAAUGACAACAUCAACAACAACAACAACAAAAUCAGCAAUAACAACGACAACAACAACAGCAGCAAGUGGACGACCAUCGGCAUUAAAAAAACCAGGACAUCAAAGGGCAUUUUCACAGGGUCAAGUUGUAGAUGUACAAGGACAUCCUGUAACUGUACACAGCAGAGUUGGAUCAAAAACAGAUUUUAUACUACCACCAGGACAUCGAGAUGUGCCAAGAAUUACAACAGCAAGAACACCCUCUUAUCGUGGCCAUUCUCGUCAGGCCUCCAGAUCAGAGUCAAUUUAUACAAUAAGGCGUAGCGCUGCGCCACCCUGGUGGAGACGUAUUUGGGCAUAUUAUUUUGGUUCAUCACCAGAACAACCAAAAUUACGUACAAUUAUUCCAAACCAUUUGGUACCACCAAAAACACCACCAAAACAACAUCCCAAUGGGACUAUAGAUAAUAGGGUACGCACAACAAAAUACACACCAUUGACUUUUUUGCCACGUAAUUUACUGGAGCAAUUUCAUCGUGUUGCAAAUAUUUAUUUUAUCUUUAUUGUAUUUUUAAAUUGGUGGCCCGAGAUAAAUGCAUUUGGCAAAGAAAUAUCUAUUAUACCAGUUAUGUUCGUGCUUGGUGUAACAGCGAUCAAGGAUUUUUUCGAGGACAGACGGAGAUUUGCCAGUGAUCGACGAGUCAAUAAUUCAACUUGCCGAGUAUACUGCAGUGAUGUUAAUCGAUAUGCAAAAAUUCCUUGGAAAGACGUCAAGGUUGGUGACCUUAUACAUUUAUCAAACAAUGAAAUUGUACCAGCUGAUUUAUUGUUAUUACGAAGCAGUGAUCCUCAGGGUUUUGCACUUUUGGAUACUUGUAAUUUAGACGGUGAAACAAAUCUUAAACAACGACAAGUUGUUAGAGGAUUUUUAGAUAUUCAAGAUACAUUUCAACCAUCAAAAUUUCGAUCUGUUGUUGAAGUUGAUCAACCAAGCACAAAAAUUUACAGAUUUUAUGGAGCUGUUGUACAUCCAAAUGGUACCAGAGUACCAGUGACAACUGAAAAUCUUUUAUUACGUGAAUGUUUAUUAAAAAAUACGGAUUUCAUCGAGGGAAUUGUUGUUUAUGCUGGUCAUGAGACAAAAGCUAUGCUAAACAAUGGUGGUCCACGUUAUAAACGUUCAAGAUUAGAACGACAAAUGAAUCUUGAUAUAAUAUGGUGUGUUUUGAUACUGAUUGUAUUGUGUAUUGUUGGAGCUGUCGGUUGUAAAUUAUGGCUAUCAACAUUUAAAACAACUACCUCGGUGCCUUUUUUGCCAGAUUUUAGUAAUUCAAAUUACGAGGGUAUAUUAACAUUUUUAACAUUUGUUAUAAUACUUCAAGUUAUGAUACCACUUAGUUUAUAUGUUACAAUGGAAAUGGCUAAAGUUGGACAAGUUUAUCAUAUUGGUCAUGAUACUGAACUUCAUGAUCCUGAAACUGGACGUAAAGCUGAAUGUCGAGCUUUAAAUAUCACUGAAGAAUUGGGUCAGAUACAAUAUGUAUUCUCAGACAAAACUGGAACAUUGACAGAAAAUAAAAUGAUAUUUCGACGAUGUAUUGUUGGUGGUCAAGAUUAUGCUCAUCUUGGUGAAGAUGUUGAUAUAAUGGCAUGUACAAGAUUAAAAGAAGAUUUAUUAAUUGGAAAUGCACGUCAUAGACUUCAAGAAUUUCUUAUAAUGUUAGCUAUUUGUAAUACAGUUGUUGUCAAUACACAGCCACAUCAUGACAUCAUGAAUUCAAGCGGUGUUAUUGAAGAGCCACAGAAAAAUGGGGUCGCACCAAUGAGAUAUACGAGAAUAUCAGAAUCUGAAAAUUCAACACCAGCUCGUUCAUCAACAGAUAAUAAUAAUACACCAAUACUUGAGCCAUUAUCAGUUAGUGUUGAAAAUUCACGACCAAAAAUAUCAAGACCAAGAUUAUUAAAUGUACCAGCAAUGCCAAGUUUAAAUAUUGGAUUAUUAAAAAAAUAUUCACCAAAUGGUAAUCGUUCAAGUCCUGAUGAACGUCAAAAUACAUCAAUAAAUUCAGAAACAACAAUAAUAACACCACCACCAAUUUAUGAAGCUGAAAGUCCUGAUGAAUUAGCAUUAGUUAUUAGCGUUAUUGCAUAUGAUGUUAAAUUAAUAAAACGUACAGCACGUAGUGCUGUUAUAUCAUUACCUGAUAAAUCAACACUUGCAUUUGAAGUAUUACAUGUAUUACCAUUUGAUUCAAAUCGUAAAUGUAUGUCAAUUGUUGUUAAAUAUCCAAAUACAGAUGAAAUUGUGCUGUAUAGUAAAGGUGCUGAUUCAACAGUAUUAUCAUCGUUAUCAUCAUACGAUGAAGAAUCAAUAAGUCAUGUUAAAAUACGUCAACAAUUACAUUCAUAUGGAAGACAAGGUUUACGUACACUUGUUAUGGCUAGAAGAUCAUUAACUAAAAUUGAAUAUGAUACAUGGAUGGAAAAACAUAAUGAAGCUGAAUUAUCAUUUGAAAAUCGUGAUCGUAAAAUACGUGAAUCAUAUUCAUCACUUGAAUCACAUUUAACAUUACUUGGUGCAACUGGUAUUGAAGAUAAAUUACAAGAAGGUGUACCAGAAGCAAUGGCAGCACUUAUUGAUGCUGGUAUUGUUGUAUGGGUAUUAACUGGUGAUAAACCAGAAACAGCUGUUAAUAUUGCAUACUCGGCAAAAUUAUUUUCACCAGCAAUGCAAUUAUUAAAACUACAAGCUAAAACAAAAUCAGCUGCUGAAAGUUUAAUACAUAAUUUUUUAGAAACAAUUGAAAAUGAAACUUCUGGUGGUAUUGAUAAUGAUUUACAAAAUAAUUCAUCACAUAGUCCUGGUAAUAUUAAUUCAGUUGAUAGAAUUGCACAUAGAAUUGGUAGUCCAUGGCAACGACCACGUGCACUUGUUGUUGAUGGUAAAACAUUGACAUUUAUACUUGAUUCAAGAUCUGGUUUAACAGCACCAUUUUUAAAAUUAACUCAAAAUUGUUCAAGUGUAUUAGCAUGUCGUGCAACACCAUUACAAAAAGCAUAUAUUGUUAGAGUUGUUAAAGAAAAAUUAGGAAUGAGAACAUUGGCUAUUGGUGAUGGUGCUAAUGAUGUUAGUAUGAUACAAACAGCUGAUGUUGGAGUUGGUGUAUCAGGAAGAGAAGGCACACAAGCUGUUAUGGCAUCAGAUUUUGCUAUUGCUAGAUUUCCAAUGUUAGCUAGAUUAUUAUUAUUACAUGGACACUGGUGUUAUGAUAGACUUGCCAGAAUGAUACUUUAUUUUUUUUAUAAAAAUGCCAUGUUUGUCUUCCUCAUAUUUUGGUAUCAGCUGUAUUGUGGUUUUUCUGGAGGUGUCAUGAUUGAUCAAGUGUACCUGAUGCUUUAUAAUUUAUUAUUUACCUCACUGCCACCAUUGGUCAUUGGAAUUUAUGACAGAGUUGCUUCAUCCAAACUAUUGCUUGAAUCACCGGAACUUUAUAGCCGUGGUAGACUGGCCUCUGUAUAUAAACCUCAUUCAUUUUGGAUAACAAUGGCUGAUGCAUUGUAUCAAAGUAUCAUUGUAUUUUUUGUUAAUGAAGCUGCUUAUUAUGAUUCUGUUGUUGAUAUUUGGGAAUUUGGAACUACAAUAACUACCUCUUGUAUAGCUGUGAUGUUACUUCAUGCUGCAAUGGAGUUUAGAUCAUGGACAAUUUUACAUGUUCUAACGAUAAUUGGAUCGUUGAUGAUAUUUUUUGGAUUUUGCCUGUUAUACAGUUUUGCUUGUGUCAAUUGUAUGGGUUUACCAGGUUCAUACUAUGUCAUGCCUGUGGCAAUGUCACGUCAAGUUUAUUGGCUCACUGUUUUACUUGCCUCUGUUCUUGCAGUUUUACCCAGAUUUGUUUACAAAACUGUCAAGAAUACAGUGGCACCAGAUAUGUUGCAACAAGCCAAACUUCGUAAUCGUAUGAAACAAAAAGUAAUGCAAAAUAAUAUUGGAAGAAAUAUGACAAAUGGCGAGAAUCGUCUCGUCGCCAAUUGGUCGCGUUCAACUGAACACGCAACAAUCAGGCCAAGAACAUAUGGAGGCAAGAGCAAUGUUUUAACUACAAUUGUUGCUUGAUGUGAAUAUAUUUUUAUGAAGAAUUUAAUUUUAAAUAUAAAAAAAAAAAAACAAAAAAAAUAUGGAAUAAAUAUUUAAUGUCUGUGGUUGGAAACUACAGACUCAUCAAAAUGUGCCACACACUGGAGUCACACAAACACAGUACAACAUUUCACUUCAAAAAAAGAAGAAAAAAAAUAUUUUACAUACGUGUUGAAAAGAAUAAUUAAACAUUGUUAAACAAUCAUCGUACUAAUGUGUAAAAUAAUCUUUUUUUUUUUUUAAUGUUAAUCUCCGAUUAUUGUCAAUAUUUUAUUUAAUUGUUAUUAAGACAAUGGAUUUUUACAUUUAUUUAUUUUCUUUUGUUAAGUCAAUGUGGCCUUCCGAAUUCCCAGGACUACUUUUCGUUGCAUUUAUCGGCUGUGACGGUUAAAGGGACCAAGUCUUAAUUAGUUAAAUUGGGAAAAUGCUUAAAAU